AUGAAUCCUAUGGAACCAUCGAACGUCCCCGUGGUGCACGACGAGCAAGAGGGCAUUGUCGAGCCCUCGUCCCACGAGGUCCAAAAUGAGGAGAACCCGUCCAGCAGCAGUGAAGAGCUGAAGCAGGAGGUCCCCGAGGCGAUGGAGGUGAAGGAGGCGGAAGAGAGCGGCUUCAUCGCUUCCAUCUCGCGGUGCGUGCAGAAGAUCGUUCCGCCUGGUGGCGUUCUCGGCAGUGCCUUCAACUUGGCAUCGUCGUCGAUCGGCGCCGGCAUCCUUGGCCUGCCCUCUGCGACCAACAGCAGUGGGCUCGUGAUGGCGCUCCUGUACCUUACCGUCAUCACGAUGACCACUAUCUUCUCACUGAACUGCAUCUGCAUCGCGGCACAGCGGACUCAGGUCCGUAGCUUCGAGGGCGCCUCGCGUGUGCUGCUGGGCCGUUGGUUCGAGUACUUCGUCGCGGGUGUGCGCGCGUUCCACUCCCUUAGUGGCUGCGUCGCGUACGUCAUCAGCGUGGGGGACAUCUUCUCCGCCAUUAUGGACCACAGCGACGAUGCUCCGGACUUCUUGAAGCGUACUUCCGGCAACCGCCUUCUGACGUCAGCUGUGUGGCUCUGUAUUAUGCUUCCGCUCGUUAUUCCGAAGCAUAUUGACUCGCUGCGCUACUUCUCCACCUUCGCCGUCACUUUCAUGCUGUACUUUGUCGUGGUGAUCAUCGUGCACUCGUGCAUGAACGGUCUGCCGGACAACGUGAAGGACAUCAGCGUGGGCAAGGACGACGACGCAAGCGUGGUGCUCUUCAACUCCGGAAACAAGGCGAUUGAGGGACUCGGUGUCUUCAUGUUUGCGUACGUCUGCCAGAACAACGCGUACGAGGUGUACUGGGACAUGGAAAACCCCACUCAGACGCGGUUCACUCUUGCCGGUGCGAUCGGAAUGGGCCUGUGCUUCGUGCUUUACUCCAUGACGGCUGCCUUCGGCUACCUUGACAUGGGUAACGGCUUUGAUAAGUCCAUCCUUCUCGCGUACGACCCGAUAAGUGAGCCGGCGAUUAUGGUGGCGUUUGUUGGUGUGCUCUCGAAGCUGUGCGCCUCGUACGCGCUGCUCUCCAUGUCUCUGCGCAACCCCCUCUACCACAGCAUCGGCUGGGAUGUCGACGAGCUGCCCUACUGGAAGCACUGCGCUGCUGUGAUAACUCUUGCCUGCUGCACGCUGAUCAUGGGCCUGUUCAUCCCGAAUAUCAACACUGUGCUUGGCUUCGCUGGCUCCAUCACGGGCGGGUCACUUGGGUUCCUCCUACCUGCGCUGCUCGUCAUGUACUCGGGCGACUUCUCCUGGGAGAAGGCGGGCCCCCUCAGGUACAUCCUCACCUACGUGCUGUUGAUAGUCGGUGUCAUCGGCGUCGUCUUCGGCACGUGCGCCACGAUCCACGCCACUGCUGUGGGUUAA